CAUGAGCCCAUGACAUGCAAAAUGCAACCGCUUUUAUCUCUCAACCCAACUAACACUCAACCUCAAUUCUAUUGUGAACAUCAGUACUAUACACACAUCAUGGAUUCUUGCUCUUUUGAAGGUUUUGUACUUGAUCCAUCAAAGUGUAGCAAGUUAAGUAUGGAAGAAAAAAGAGAGCUUGUAUAUGAAGUAUCUGAAUGGUCUAAGGGUGCACCCGAGCUUCUACAAUCAUGGAGCCGUCAAGAAAUUCUUCAAAUUCUUUGUGCCGAAAUGGGAAAAGAAAGAAAGUAUACCGGACUUACAAAGUUGAAAAUUAUCGAACACUUACUUAAAAUAGUAGCCGAGAAAAGAUUACAUAUUGAUGAUGAUAAUGAUAUUAUGAUGAAUCUUGAUACAUCACAAAGUGAUCAUACAACAUCUACCAAAAGACAUAGAAAAUCUGAGAACCCAAACCGUUUAAACGUUGCAUUGGAUCAUAAUUGUGGUGAUUCGGGUGAGAAUAAUGUUGAACUUUGCAAGAAUUCGGCUUGUAGAGCUAAGUUGAUUCAAGAGGGAGUAUUUUGUAAAAGGUGUUCUUGUUGCAUUUGUCAUCAAUAUGAUGAUAAUAAGGAUCCAAGUUUAUGGUUGAUUUGCAGUUCGGAUCCCCCAUUUCAAGGUACUUCUUGUGGGAUGUCGUGUCACCUUGAAUGCGUGUUAAAACACGACAAAUCAGGUAUUCCAAAAGAUGGGGAAAGUAGAGGACUAGAUGGGAGCUUCUAUUGUGUAUCUUGUGGUAAAGUGAAUGAUUUAAUUGGAUGUUGGAGAAAACAAAUGAUAAUAGCAAGGGACACUAGACGGGUUGAUAUCUUGUGUUAUCGUGUCUCUUUAAGCCAAAAGCUUUUAGCCGGUAGCAUACGUUACCAAAAGCUUGAUGCAGUUGUAAAUGAAGUACUGGAGAAACUUGAAGCAGAUGUAGGCCCGUUGACCGGAUUGCCAGUCAAACGGGCCAGAGGUAUAGUGAACAGGCUCUCUUCAGGACAAGAGGUUCAGAAACUAUGCUCUUCUGCGAUUGAAUCCUUAGAUUCAGUCCUACCGAACACAACCCUUGAUGAUCCCAGCAUCUCGACACCUGUUGUUGGAUUUGGAGAUGUCUUUCCAACAUCAAUUUAUGUCAUUUUGGGUUCCAAAGAUCAACCUUUCAUGGAAAACUUUAGAACGAACAGAUAUAUUAUGUGGCAUAGGAAAGCUGAAGAUAAAGACUAUCCUACAAUUCCGACGUGUACAUUAUUUGCACCAAGUGAUACCAAGUUCUUACUUUCAGAUUUAGCUCCAUCAACACAAUACAUAUUAAAAGUUAUCAACUAUGAGAACACCCGCGAAUUGGGAAGCAAAGAAAUCUCAUUUCAGACGAUCAACGACGAUGAGCAAAGCCCUCAAACCAACUCAAGUAGCCUUUCAGACCCCUUAUCUAUUCAAGAUGAAAACAACAAUAUUGUUAAUAAGCACAAGGACAAAGAGGUUGCGAUAAACACAGAUGAUGUAAACAUCAACAACAACACUUCAAGCAACGACACAAACAGUGAAAAAUAUUCUGACCCAUUUGUUCCUAGCACGUCUGCUAAACUACCCAUUACACCUUGUAAAGCGGAAAGCAUAAAAGAUUCAAACUUGGCAAGAAAACGCCGACGGAAAUCUUCAAAAAUAAAUCUUGACACUGUGUCUGAUGAGGAACUGAAUGAAUCAGAUGACCAAGAUUUUGGGUAUUAUGUAAAGGUAAUCAGACUUUUAGAGUGUGAAGGACAUAUAGAUACCAGUUUCAGGAAGAAAUUUCUCACAUGGUACAGCUUGAGAGCGAGUCAACAAGAGGUUCGAGUUGUCAAAGUGUUUGUGGAUACUUUAAUGGAUGAUCCAGCUUCACUUGCAGGGCAGCUAGUUGAUACAUUCUCUGAUGUGAUUACAAACAAGACAUGUUCUUCAUCAGGGCUUUGCCUUAAGCUUUUCCAUUGAAUUCAUAUUGAAUUCCACGUUAGAAAAGUCUAACCUCAUUUAUUUAUAAGCUACAUUAUAACUACUGUAUUUAUUUAUACUCUUAAUAUAUAAACUGUAAUCAUUCAAAUUCUAUAUCA